CUGUGGCCCGUCUGAAAGGCUGGUGCUAAUUUAACCCCCAGAGUGCCAGCAAGAGGCUGAGCGGUGCCAUCAUGGCCCUGCCAAAGGCCCGGAGCUUGCCUGACAUUCCCGAGUUAGAUGUCUUGAGCAGCCUGGAUGACGAGGCCUUCCUGCCCAACAAUGCUGGGAGUCCGCAGGCCCCAGCCAAGCCAGACUCUCUCUGCAAGUCCCACAGCUCUCUGGUCUUCUUUCCGGCCCAUUCUCCCACCUAUCUCACAAAGCUGAGGAUUAACCGGAGUAUCCAAGAGGCCCACCAGAAAGCAAGAAGUGUCGUCAGCUUCGAUGUGGAGAAUGGCCCGUCUCCUGGGCGCAGCCCGCUGGAUUCCCAGGCUAGCCCGGGCCUGGUGCUUCACCCCAGUUUCCCACAGAGCCAGAGACGAGAGUCCUUCCUGUACCGUUCGGACAGCGACUACGACAUGUCGCCCAAGACGAUGUCACGCAACUCCUCUGUCACCAGUGAAGCACAUACUGAAGACCUGAUAGUGACACCAUUUGCCCAGGUACUGGCGAGUUUGAGAAGCGUGCGUAGUAAUUUUUCCAUCCUGGCAAAUGUGCCCACCCCAACAUCCAGUAAGAGGUCUCCCAUGGGUGGCCAGCCGACCGUGUGCAAAGCCACCCUUUCAGAGGAGACAUACCAGCAGAUGGCCAGAGAGACCCUCGAAGAGCUGGACUGGUGCCUGGACCAACUGGAGACCAUCCAAACCUACCGCUCAGUCAGCGAGAUGGCGUCCAACAAGUUCAAAAGAAUGCUGAACCGUGAACUAACACACCUCUCUGAAAUGAGCCGAUCCGGAAAUCAGGUCUCUGAGUACAUUUCCAACACCUUCUUAGACAAGCAGAAUGACGUGGAAAUCCCAUCCCCAACACAGAAAGAGCGGGAGAAGAAGAAGCGGCAGCAGCCAAUGUGCCAGAUCAGCGGGGUGAAGAAACUCAUGCACAGUUCGAGCCUGACCAACUCCAGCAUCCCUCGCUUCGGGGUCAAAACUGACCAGGAAGAGCUGCUAAGUAAGGAACUAGAAAACCUAAACAAGUGGGGCCUUAAUAUUUUCCGGGUCGCCGAGUAUUCCAACAAUCGGUCGCUCAGCUGCAUCAUGUAUACAAUAUUCCAGGAAAGAGACUUGCUGAAAACUUUCAAGAUCCCCGUGGAUACAUUAGUCACCUACAUCAUGACGCUGGAAGACCACUAUCACGCUGAUGUAGCCUAUCACAACAGCCUCCAUGCUGCCGAUGUCAUGCAGUCCACACACGUCCUCCUGUCUACACCAGCUUUGGAUGCCGUCUUCGCUGACCUGGAGAUCUUGGCUGCUUUGUUUGCUGCUGCCAUUCAUGACGUGGACCAUCCUGGAGUCUCCAACCAGUUCUUGAUCAACACCAAUUCAGAGCUGGCCCUGAUGUACAACGAUGAGUCCGUGCUGGAGAACCACCACCUGGCCGUGGGCUUCAAGCUGCUGCAGGAGGAGAACUGUGACAUCUUCCAGAACCUCGCCAAGCGACAGCGGCAGACGUUGCGCAAGAUGGUCAUCGACAUGGUCCUGGCAACCGACAUGUCCAAACACAUGAGCCUCUUGGCUGAUCUCAAGACGAUGGUGGAGACCAAGAAAGUAACCAGCUCAGGGGUGCUGCUGCUAGACAACUACACUGACAGAAUACAGGUUCUGCGGAACAUGGUUCACUGUGCAGAUCUGAGCAACCCCACAAAGCCAUUGGAGCUGUACCGGCAAUGGACGGACCGGAUCAUGGAGGAGUUCUUCAGGCAGGGCGACAAAGAACGGGAGCGAGGCAUGGAGAUUAGUCCCAUGUGUGACAAGCACACUGCCUCCGUGGAGAAGUCACAGGUGGGAUUCAUUGACUAUAUUGUACACCCACUGUGGGAGACCUGGGCUGACUUGGUCCAUCCUGACGCACAAGACAUAUUGGACACCCUUGAGGACAACAGGGACUGGUACCACGGCAUGAUCCCACAGAGCCCUUCCCCGCCUCCGGACGACCCGGAGAAGGACGAUGAGGCCUGCCUGGAGAAAUUCCAGUUUGAACUGACCUUAGAGGAGGACGGGGAGGAUUCAGAGCAGUCCGACAAGGACCGCAGUAGCCCCGGGGACGAGGACAACAGCUACUACACGGCAGCAGAGGAGCACCAACACGAGUCCCAGGAAGGGCAGGACGGACUAACAGAUGACACAGUGAAUGACACGUCUCCCGGCGAGUCAUGACUGUGGGGAAGGGACUGUUGAAAGCAAAACGCACGUGCGCAGGUUUCCACGAAGGAGGGCAGGGAUAAAAAAAGAAAAAUACUCAUUUUUUUAUCAUUGUAUUUUUUAUAAAAAGAAAACUAACAAAAAAAAAGGGAACACACACAGCAACUGUAGAAUCAGGAUGGCCCAAGCAGGGGGCAGCAGCCAACGGCUGCGGUGAUUGGCCCAAACACUCCCGAAAGAAGCUUCUCUUUAAUUUGCUUUUUUCCCCAUUGUUGCUCGGCUGGUUUUUUAAAACAUUUUAUUUCGUUAAUCAGAGUAAUGCAGCUAGGAACAGGAGGGUGUUUGUAAGGAGAGGUGUGAAGCGAAAUGAAUGGAAUCUUUUUUUUAAGAAAAAAGAUGUAUUUUAAGCCAUUUCCAAAAACAAGCAGAGAGGCGGUGGGACAUUCUGUGCCAAGAGCCAGGCCUGCUUGAAACCUUCGGGCAAACCCUUCUUGGCAUGGCUGGUUAGUUGAUUGGUGCCUUUUAUGUCUUUGUCUGCUGCCCAGCUCCUUAGACCCUCUCCCCUCCUGGUUGGAAAAUAAGGCAUUAAUAAAGGUGAGGGGUGGGCGGAUAAUUUUGAUUUUUGUAAGUUAUUUUUUUUUAAGUUAGUCUAAUUUAUUUUUGUGAGUUGAUACAAAUUUUAUUUUGUUUUGGAUUGAUGAGCAGAAAGGAAUUUUGCCUUUUGUGUUUUGUUUUUGUUUGCUUGUUGGUUUCUUUUUUAAAAUAUGGUUUGCAAGUGAAGAAUUCUUUUGCUCAUGACGCCAUACAACUCUCCCAAGAAGCAAAUGGGAGAAGAUUUUACUUUUUAAGAAAAAAAAAAAGGGAACAAGAAAUCAAAUAAGCAAAACGUUUUUUAAUCUCAGUUUCCAAAUAGCCAAGUCUUCCUCUGUUUAUCAUUUUGCACAAAAAAAGGCAAUAGGGCUGGGAUUCCCAGGGGAGGCUCACUGGCCAGCGUGCUCAGAUGACAGCUCUAGUGGGGGCACCAGAUAUUAGUUACCUUUUCCCACUGAUGGGGGCGAGGUGGAGGUCGGGUGCAGCCUUCCCAACCGAAGAGGAGAUUGGAAAGAUGGUCUCUGUAAAGGUUUUUUUUAGCACUAAUUUGCAAGUUUCCUUUAUCCCUGUUUGGAUAGGUGCAAUUUGCUAGUUAAUGAAAACUCCAAAUUGCAGUAUCCUGUAAUUCCUUAUGACUAAGUUGGGCAGGAAAUUCGUAUGCAUUAACCAUUCACAGACACGCGCGCACGCGCUCACUUGCACAUGUCUUCUGGCACAGGAAUUUUUCACAGUUAGACAAAAAAAGUCUGUAUGAACCAAGGCCUAGCCUUUAUUUCUGUACAAUGCAGUGUAAUGUGGCUGGAACACAUAGAUUUUGACUUGUGUAGUUGUUAUUGGUGAGUGGGGUGGGUUGAGCAGAGAAGAUAAGCUAACAUGCUUGGUUUCAUAUCUCACCUACCUAAAAAAUGGGAGGAAGGGGGGACAUCUUGCAUGUUCCCCAAAGCCCUGCAUCCAUCUCCCAUUCCUGUGAGAUGAGUCUGCUGCUAUUUUAGGACCCCAGGUCUGGUCUUACAGAUUGGCCAGUUCUCGCAGGAUUAGGAAACGGACGGUGAAGGUGAGGAGAAAACAGUGUAUAAGUUUCCAGCCUUGGGCCCCUUGCCUGGAGGCUAAAUAUGGAGCCAGUGCAGCCAUAUCAACCAAAAGGACGAGGGAAGGAGGCUCUGGGAGGUGGUCCAUCUUUGCCCGCACGCGGUUUCCUGUUCAGAUGUCCCUGACAAAUGCUGCUCUUCUUACCAGGUCCCUUCACAGCCCUUCAUGGGAGAAGCUUGAGUAGUUAGCUGUGAAGGUUUCUGGCGGAAGAGCAGUCUCCCAGCCCCCUCACCUGGAACUGAGAAAGAAAUGGGUCCCAGCCGAGCCCUGCCCCUCUUUGAAGCUGCUCUGCAGAAUUCCAGAGGAAACCUUUUGGCUGCUUGUUUUCUUUGCCUUAAACGGCCGGAGAUGUCUCAGUGGCUGAUGCCCAGCAGCAGUCUUGUCCUUCUGACACCAAGAGGGGAACUUCUCUCAACCUCCCCUCUCCCUUGCAAGGACUUUUCUCCUUUGCUUUGGAGAAGAUAGACCUUUCCGCAGACCCCCGUAGUGCCAGAGAAUUCUGUCUUAAGAGCUGCAGGACACAAGCAUCUAGGAAGCCCUGCUUUGUGCACCCCCCCCCAUCCUGUGCCAUGGGGAGAUGUUGCCUGCACCCCAGCAAGAUCUCCUUGCUCCCCAGCCCACUGGCUUUCUGAUUUUGCUUGGGAGGGGGCAGCUCUAAAUGAAGGGCGUGGGACAGAUGCCUGGAUGUGGUCCAACUUCUCUGCCCCAGUUGGCUGGGGAUAAGGAAGAGACUGGAACCCACUUUCUUCUGUUGCGCCCAUCCAGGGCUGAUGUGCCCCUGUCCCCCCUGCAAGGGGCAAAGCAAUAACAAGCAGGGGUCCCCCUUCCCAUCCUUACUCGUAUACUGAGCUUUUGAACCAAAGCCAUGCCCCCCCCCUUUUGCAAAAUCUGCAUCCCACCUGCUAUCUCCUUCACAUUAGCCAGUCCUACAAGAGCUUGGGCUUUUUGAGAGCCAGUUGGUGUAGUGGUUAAGAGCGCGGGACUCCAAUCUGAAGAGCCAGGUUUGAUUCCCCACUCCUCCACUUGAAGCCAGCUGGGUGACCUUGGGCUAGUCACAGCUCUCUGGAGCUCUCUCAGCCCCACCCACCUCACAGGGUGUUUGUUGUGGGGAUAAUCCUACUAUAUAAAAGGCUAAGCGUAUUCAAGACAAGUCGCUUCCUACCCUGGUGCUGCUGUGGAAGGGAGCCCACUUUAGCCAGUCCUACAAGAGCUUGGGCUUUUUGAGAGCCAGUUUGGUGUAGUGGUUAAGAGUGGCAGGACUCUAAUCUGGAGAGCCGGGUUUGAUUCCCCACUCCUCCUCUUGAAGCCGGCUGAGUGACCUUGGGUCAGUCACAGCUCUCUCAAAGCUCUCUCAGCCCCACCCACCUCACAGGGUGUUUUGUUGUGGGGAUAAUAAUGACAUACUUUGUAAACCGCUCUGAGUGGGUAUUAAGUUGUCCUGAAGGGCGGUAUAUAAAUCAAAUGUUGUUGUUAUUAUUAUUAUUUUUCCAACCCAAGCACAGUUGGGGCAAUUGUGUGCCCAAGGGAGGGGGAUUACUGCCCAGGGCUCAGGACUGACGCUGUUGGCAGAAGUGUGGCACACAAAGCAAGCCAGCAGGAAGACUCCUUGCCAAGGGUACUGUCGGGUGGCAUGGCCAUCAGAAGCCCUUCCUGCACUGGAAGGCGGUAUUGGCUGUCUCCUUUCCGUCCCAAGGAGAACAUGGCCAUCUCUGAACACAAGUACUGUAGCCAUUUUCUUUGUAUUUUUUCCACCUUCCUUUCUUGAAGCCUCAAUUGAAAAAAAAAUAAGUACGAAAGAGGAUCCCCCCCUCUUUCCUCCUUAUUUCUGUAUAGCUUUUAUUUUUGUAUGCAGUUCUGUUCCACGAGUUUGUUGGGUCAGGUUUGGACUGUACAUAAUUGUGAAUAAGCAGAUUGUAAAUUAUUCUAAAGAGUAAAAUGGAUCUUACACACACACACACAUGCACUCUUCCCUCCCGGCCCAAAUCCAGCCAUGGGCCCUGUGUUUGAGAGUUAUCCGUGGAGAGCAACGAGGUCUCUGAGAGACCCUCUAGCUGCCUUCUCUCCUCAAGAGAUCUUGAAUGUGGACCCCAUCCACCCCCCACCCCAUUUCUCCUUUCUGUGUAUUUAUGGUGUAAUAUAGACACAUUGAAAAUU